AUGGCUCAACUAUCUACGUCAUCCGGUGCUCCAAGUAGCUGGCACGGUGCAGGGGCCGCGGAAUUUGACCUCAGGAGCGAUACAAUGACAAAACCCACGCCAUCAAUGCUCAACGCGAUCAGCCAAACGACCCUCCUGGACGACGUCUUUGGCGAGGACCCGACCACGAACGAGCUCCACCGCUACGUUGCCGAGAGGACGAAACACGAGGAUGCUCUGCUGGUGCUUUCAGGCACAAUGGGAAACCAGGUCGCGAUCCGCUCGCAUCUAGCUCAACCACCACAUUCUGUCCUCUGCGACCACCGAGCUCACAUAAUCUGCUACGAGGCUGGAGGUGUCAGCGCUUGGACUGGGGCCACAGUACAGACCGUUGUACCCAAAAACGGCAUUCACCUCACUUUGGAGGAUGUCCAGAAGUAUGCGGUGCUUGAUGAUGACAUCCACCACUGCCCCACCAAGCUGAUCAGUUUGGAGAAUACGCUUGACGGGUUGAUUAUGCCUUUGGCCGAGGCUCGCCGUAUCGUCGAGUGGGCCCAUGCCAAUGACAUCAAAGUACACCUGGACGGCGCGAGAUUGUGGGAGGCGGUUGUAUCGGGGGCUGGCAGUUUAUCGGACUACACCAGUCUGUUCGACAGUGUUAGCUUGUGCUUUUCCAAGGGCCUGGGCGCGCCAAUUGGAAGCAUUAUUGUCGGCUCCUCGGCUUUCAUCAAGAAGGCGCGAUGGUUCCGCAAGUCUAUUGGUGGCGGUGCUCGUCAGACAGGUGUUUUCUCGGCUGCUGCCAGAAUCGCGCUGGACGAGACGUUCGGAACGGACCCUCAUGGCAAGACUGGUCAGCUUCUAGCCACUCACGGCAAGGCAAAGCGUAUUGCAGACCUCUGGACUAGCCGCGGGGGCAAGCUGCAGUCUCCUGUACACACAAACAUGGUAUGGCUUGAUCUCGAGGCCUCUGGCCUGGGACCCAAUGAUCUCGCUGCAAUUGGCAAGGAGAAAGGUUUAAAGCUAUUGGGAGGACGGGUGGUCGUUCAUUACCAGGUGUCGGAUGAGGCCAUUGCGCGCCUUGAACAGGUGUUUGACGCCGCCUUUCAGGGGGAGUUCCAAAGGACCGAAGACCAAAGCAAACCCUACGGCAGCAAUAAACAAUGA